AACGUCGUCGAUAAAAUUUGUCAACUCUGAUCUUUGUCAAGUGUUAUAUUUAUUUUAGAGCAAACAGUUGGUCAAAUUGGAACAAUUUGUGAAAAAUAAAAAAUAAGCAGGAAUAAAAACAACAUUGUAACGAAAAUAAUAUAAAGAUUUAAUUAAAACUAUAUAAAGUAUGAGUGUUGUGAAUAUUUAUAUAAGAAAACUUAAACAAUUUAAUUAAAAGAAAGAAAAAAACAACCACCUUUUCCAAUCUGAGGCGGCGCAGAAGAUGAAAACUUCUUAAACGAGUAGAAAAGUUGUACACAAAUUCUUAACAGAGGAACAAUUUUUGUUUUUCAUGGAAGUAUUUUAGUAUCGAUAAACAAUUCAACUAGCUAAGAGUGAACAGGAGAAAAUAACAAAAACAAAAAAGUGUAUAAAAUAUUUUUUUGUUUUGCAUUUAUAUAUUAACAUAUAAAAAAGUUAAUUGAACUAAUUAACAUAAUAAUAUGGCUGAAGUACGCCGCAGAAAACCCGAUGAGGCUGGAGAUGAGGCAGAGAAUUUGUCGGCAGGUGCCAGUAACACUACCGGAACAAACGAUGCCGAAAAACGCAACUCCUCUGCUGCUGAAUCCUCAGAUCAUGUUGAUUCAGAAGAAGAAAAAUUACCUGAAGAGAAAUUUGUUGAAGAAUUGGCCAAAAAUUUACCACAGGGUACAGAUAAAACACCAGAAAUAUUGGAUUCAGCUCUAAAGGAUUUACCAGAUAGAUGGAAAAAUUGGGUAAUACGUGGUAUUUUCACAUGGAUUAUGAUAUGUGGAUUUUGUUUAAUUAUCUAUGGCGGCCCGUUAGCAUUAAUGAUUACGACAUUGCUAGUGCAGGUGAAAUGUUUCCAAGAAAUUAUCUCAAUCGGUUAUCAGGUCUAUCGUAUACAUGGAUUACCCUGGUUCCGUAGUUUAUCCUGGUAUUUUCUCUUAACAUCGAAUUACUUUUUCUAUGGUGAAAAUUUGGUUGAUUACUUUGGUGUGGCCAUAAAUCGUGUGGGAUAUUUAAAGUUUAUGGUUACCUAUCAUCGUUUCCUUUCAUUCGCUUUGUAUUGUAUUGGUUUCGUAUGGUUUGUUUUGUCCUUGGUUAAGAAAUACUAUAUGAAACAAUUUAGUCUUUUCGCCUGGACUCAUGUAUCACUGUUGAUUGUUGUAACACAAAGUUAUUUAAUAAUUCAGAACAUUUUUGAAGGUUUAAUAUGGUUCAUUGUACCCGUCUCAAUGAUUGUUUGCAAUGAUGUCAUGGCCUAUAUGUUUGGUUUCUUCUUUGGCAAGACACCACUGAUUAAGUUGAGUCCAAAGAAGACUUGGGAAGGUUUUAUUGGUGGUGGUUUUGCUACCGUUUUGUUUGGCAUCAUAUUUUCAUAUAUAUUGUGUCAUUAUCAAUAUUUCAUUUGUCCCAUUGUCUACUCAGAGGAAUUGGGUAGCAUGUCUAUGAGCUGUGAACCUGGCUAUUUAUUUACCGCACAGGAUUAUAGUUUAAGUGUGUUUGGUAUUGGCAAAAGUAUUAAGGUAAUACCAUUUAUUUGGCAUUCAAUCGCUUUAAGUUUGUUUAGUUCCAUAAUUGGUCCAUUUGGUGGUUUCUUUGCUUCUGGUUUUAAGAGAGCAUUUAAAAUUAAGGACUUUGGUGAUAUGAUUCCUGGACAUGGCGGUAUUAUGGAUCGUUUCGAUUGUCAAUUUUUAAUGGCCACAUUUGUUAAUGUUUAUAUUUCUAGUUUCAUAAGAACUCCAUCUCCUUCCAAAUUAUUAACACAGAUUUACAACCUUAAACCCGAACAACAAUUGCAAAUCUUUCAAUCACUUAAAGAAUCACUUGGUGAUAUGUUAAAUUAAGAGAUUUUUCGUGAA